AUGCUAAAGCAGAGCCUAUUUUUUUUCACUUUUGGACUAACUUUAACUGGAAAACCUUUUUGGAUAAAAGGUGUAUCUUCUGAACAGACAUCCAGACUUUCUACAUUAGAAAUAAUUAUUCCUCGAAGUCUGACAGACAGAGAGAAACACCACCCAUUUUUUCAUGAGGAGCAUUGGGAUGACAGUCUUUCUUACUCGAUUAAAACCAGAAAUGGGACAUACCUCCUAAAUCUGAAGAAAAAUAAAAAGCUUGUUAGUGAAGACUUUAUGCUAUAUACAUAUGGGGAAAAUGGAAAACUGGAGGCAACGCCAUCAAAACCCAAGACACACUGUUAUUACCACGGCACUGUUGAAGGAAUUGCUGACUCAAUGCUUGCUCUUAGCACGUGUGAUGGCCUUAGAGGCAUUCUCCACAUUGGUGGCAAAUGGUAUGGAAUGGAGCCGCUCAACACAUCCAGCCCAUUUGAACAUGUGUUUUACCAGUUAGAAGAUAUGCAGGAUAUGCCCUUCCAAUGUGGCGUGCUGAAUGGCAGCCUUCAUCACGAGAUGUUUGUGAAGCACUCCGUGAAAUACAUGUUUUUAUCAAACAGUACCUCUAGCAGGAGCAGAGCUCUGCGCAAGAAGCGAGCUGUCCUGCCACAGAAAAGCUACGUGGAAUUAUUUGUGGUUGUGGAUCAGGAGAGGUUUUUGAUGAAGAAAUCAGAUACUGCUGUGGUGCAAAAGGAAACAGUUGAGCUGAUUAAUUACGUUGAUGGGAUGUAUAGAGCAUUAAACAUCCAGAUUGUUUUGGUUGGAUUAGAGAUCUGGACAGAUUCAAACCACAUAUCUGUAAUGGAUGGUUCAGCUGGAGAUGUGCUGAGUAGAUUCGUUUCUUGGAGACAGAAAGAUCUUCUUAAGCGAUCACGAAAUGAUGUUAGCCAUCUCAUAAUAGGGAGAAGCUCUUACAGUGGUUCCAUUGGAAUGGCUUUUGUAGGUACCGUCUGCUCGCAAGUCCUGGGAGGGUCAAUCAGCACUCUGAAUCAUAACGAUAUGUUACGUCAUGCUACAGUAGUUGCACAUGAAUUGGGGCAUAAUCUUGGAAUGAAACAUGAUGAUAAAAGAUGUCCUGCAUCCUAUAUUAUGCACAGCACAGAUAACGGAUCCAGGAAUUUCAGCACCUGCAGUGCUGAUGAUUUUGAGAACCUUAUUCUAAAUGGAGGUGGAAACUGCCUUAGAAAUCCUCCCAAAACAAGUAAUGUUUACAAGGAGCCCGUCUGUGGUAAUAAUGUGGUCGAUAACAAUGAAGAAUGUGACUGUGGAAAACCGCAGGAAUGUACUAACCCUUGCUGUGAUGCUGCAACCUGCAAACUCACACCUGGAUCGCAAUGCGCUCAAGGACUGUGCUGCAAAAACUGCAAGUUUGAGGUGGCAGGAGUGGAGUGCAGAUCAAAAAUGGAUUUCUGUGACCUACCCGAAUACUGCAAUGGAAGCAAUGCCUACUGUCCAGACGACGUUUAUAUCAUGAAUGGUUACCCAUGCGACAACAUGAGGGCAUAUUGCUACUACGGAGUGUGCCAGAGUUUUGAUUCACAAUGUGAAUCUAUAUAUGGAAAAGGGGCACGAAAAGCACCUGAUAUAUGCUUUGAAAAAGCAAAUAUUAAAGGAGAUAGGUUUGGAAACUGUGGAAUAACUGGCGGAGUGUACAAGAAAUGUCCUAUUCAGCAUAGUCUGUGCGGCAAGCUCCAGUGCACAUCUGUUAGUCUUCAGAACCUUCCUGCUUGGAGUAUUGUCAGUAACGCAUCUGGGGUUUUAUGCUGGUCUUCUGACUUCGACCUAGGAUCAGAUGUCCCUGAUCCUGCUCAGGUUCAUGAUGGAACAGCCUGUGGAGAAAAGAAGGCCUGUUUAGGUUUUGAAUGUGUUGAUGCAAGUUAUCUGGGCUACAGCUGUGAUGUAAAGCAGAAGUGUAACGAUAAUGGGGUGUGUAACAACAACGGGAACUGCCACUGCGAUUCUGGAUGGGCGCCUCCGUUCUGUAAGCAGUCAGGCUACGGCGGCAGCGUUGACAGCGGUCCAGCUCACAUAGAUACAUCACUUCGGGAUGGUCUGCUUAUUUUUUUCCUCCUUGUGGUGCCAAUAGUAAUCAUUACUGUAUUAGCAGUAAUUAAGCGUGAUGCAAUAAAAAGAAAGUUUUGCAGAAAAAGUAGAAGACAACACAGGGAAAACAACGUGCAGCAACCAAAGCAAAACAACAGACCAAGCCACGACACAAGAAAUAAUCAGCCUGCCACAUCAAGUCCUGAUUUUUUUACCAUAUCGCAUUUCCCCGCUCCAAGGCAGCCAGUACAAGCCCAGUUUCCUGCAGUUCCCUCAGCGACUCCUCAGCGACCCGCAGACCCACCCAGACCGGCUGUCUGA